CAAUGCCUUGUGGGAAAUGUAGUGUUUGGCGCGUAUAAUCCAACAUGGAAGCCUCUACAGCGAGCACGUAUAGGUCGGACUCCGAAGAGGACAGCGGCUCGGAUAAUGAUGUUCACACUUCACAACUCGGAACCAAAGAAUACUGGGAAGAUGCUUACCGAAGGGAACUGGAAACAUUCCAAGACAUCGGCGACGUUGGUGAGAUAUGGUUUGGCGAGGAAAGCAUGAGCCGUGUGCUAAAAUGGAUGGACAAAGCUAAUAUUCCAGAAGAUGCUGCCAUUCUUGACAUUGGCACAGGAAAUGGAGCCUUUUUAGUUGAACUGGCUAAACAUGGAUUCAGGAACUUGACGGGUAUCGACUACUCCGCAGCCUCUGUGCAAUUGGCGAAAAGUGUUCUCCAAGCAGAGGACUUGACUCAUGUCAGUAUUAAGGAGGUGGACUUCUGUGGAGGGGAGCUGGAGGGUUUCGACGUGUGCAUCGACAAAGGAACAUUCGACGCCAUAAGCCUGAACCCUGACCGCAGCCGCCAGGUGACACACCUUUACCUGCAAGCUUUGAAAGGAGCUGUGAAGGACGGGGGAGUCUUCUCCAUCACUUCCUGUAACUGGACUAAACAACAGCUGCUGGAGACAUUCAGCCAAGGAUUUGAAUUCGUACAAGAGUUACCCACACCCACUUUCCAGUUUGGAGGCAAGAAGGGCAACAGUGUGACUGCAUUGGUCUUCAAGCGUGUACGUUGAUAUUUUGAAAUAAAUUAAUCUUUUUUUG